AUGGGUCGACUACUGUGGAUUCUGGCUUUAUUUUUGGUUUUUACAGAAAUCGUUGAUGCGAAGAGGAUCAAGGCUUAUGACCGCUACAAAGCCGUCUACAACGAAACCACUUGGGAUGAUGAGGUGCAGCCGGUUCUGGAGCAGCUCGUCAGGGAGCAUCGUAAGAGCUCUCGCGAGAACGCUGAUGACGAUAUGUUGAAGGAAGCUGAUCCGGAAGUGAUUCAACCGGUGAAAAACGGGCCUCAGAUUAUCCAGGCUGGAACGGAUGAGCAGGCGGACAAGGUUGUGCCCCAAAUGCCGCUCGCCAGGAUCACGAUCAAGAAAUUGCGGCUGAAGAGGAAGACCAAACUCCACAAGAAGAAGCUGGCCGCCGACAAGCUUCGUCGGCUCAACAAGCGCCGCCCGGUUGCCAAGGCCGCAAAAAUCACGCGCAUUGAGGACUUACCAUUAGUGCGCCCUGGAGAUAUGGUCACCGGGGUCGAGAGAAACUCUGAGCACCAGCUUGACAUCAUCAGCACCAGGACUACCACCACUGAGUUGCCCAUCAAGUUUGAUGCCCGGGAUUUUGAUGCGACAGUCACCCUCAAGCCGGAAACCAUUUCCGGAGACCUAACGGCAUCAGAAAUCGACAGCAUCAUCGGCGAAACCAUCCUCCGACAGCCCGACUCCGAGUUUUCGCAGAACCUGGCGCGCAGCGUACACGCCCAGCCGUAUGCCCUCGGCAAAACCGAAUUUCGCCCGAAAAUCGCGCCCGUGACGAGGACUGCGGAGAUAGGGAAACCCUGGGCUGAUGUGGUCCGCAUCGACGAAUCGGAGCAUCACGUACUCGCCAAAUCCGUCCCGAUCCCCAGCAAAACCAUCCAACAAUUGAGCGUGGAAAAUGAGGAAAUCCUGAAGAACAUCGAAAAUCUCCUCGUGCCACGGCCUACGGCCCCAAACAAGGAGCUCCUCCUUCCCGCCGAGAUCCCGAUCAGCGAGGUUCCGCUCGAUGCCGGCGCGCUGGCCGAGGGAAAAAUUGUGUUCGAAUCGGAAAAAGCGUCCAGCGUUGAUCCGCUGCCCCUCUACGUCCAAGCGGCCACAAAGAAUAAU